GAGUCAAGAGUGAGAUCCAAUUUUCCAAACACAACAGGCCAACUGCCAAAAAAUACAUCCUUUUAAAACUACCUUACGACACCUCCUUCUCACUCAGAAAUCUGAUCUCUCAGAUCAAAUCUAAAUUACCUGCAAAACUAACAACAAAAGAUCACAAAUGGCGACGAUGGCGAGGACAAACACUGGCCUCGCCUACCCCGACCGCUUUUACGCCGCCGCUUCUUACGCUGGAUUCGGCGGAUCUCCCAAUUCUGCCAACAAAGACGUCGCCUCCAAGUUCUCCAACGAAGUUGCUUUGAUCCUCUAUGCCUUAUACCAGCAGGCUACUGUAGGUCCUUGUAAUGUUCCGAAACCGAGUCCAUGGAGUCCUGUAGAGCAAGGGAAAUGGAAAAGCUGGCAGCAGCUUGGAAACAUGGUUUCUGCAGAAGCUAUGCGUCUUUUUGUGAAAAUAUUGGAGGAAGAAGAUCCAGGAUGGUAUUCAAGGACAUCUAACUCUGUUGAGUCUGUUAGGGAUGUGCAAAUGAAUCAUAAUUCGAAUGGUGAGCCUAUUAUUGAGAAUGGGAAUUCUUUUGCUGAGACAAAGACCAUUUCUGCUGAAAAUGGAAGCCUGAUGGAAGCUCAGGACAAAGAUAUCGUAUUAGAAGGUCUCGGUCCGGUUGUUGUGUAUGAUCAAUGGGUUUCGCCUCCAAUAAAGGGUCAACGCCCUAAAGCCCGAUAUGAGCAUGGAGCCGCAGUUGUUCAAGACAAGAUGUAUAUAUAUGGUGGAAACCACAAUGGUCGUUACCUAAGUGACCUUAAUGUUCUAGAUUUGAGAAGUUGGACUUGGUCAAAAGUUGAAGCUAGUUUUGAAUCUAAGUCAGAGGAAUCACCGUCUCCAGUAAAUAUAGCCCCAUGUGCUGGUCAUUCAAUGAUCCCUUGGGAGAACAAGCUUCUGUCAAUUGCUGGCCACACAAAGGAUCCUUCUGAAACCAUCCAGAUUAAGGCAUUUGAUCUGCAAACUGGUACUUGGUCAAUAUUGAAGACUUAUGGCAAAGCACCGGUCUCUCGUGGAGGUCAAUCUGUGACCCUUGUUGGAUCAACCUUAGUUAUAUUUGGUGGACAGGAUGCAAAGCGAACACUUUUGAAUGAUCUACAUAUACUUGACCUAGAAACCAUGACCUGGGAUGAUUUUGAUGCUGUGGGGGUACCUCCAUCACCUCGAUCUGAUCAUGCUGCUGCGGUACAUGCAGAGCGGUACCUUCUUAUUUUUGGUGGGGGUUCGCAUGCAACAUGCUUCAAUGAUUUGCAUGUCCUAGAUUUGCAAGCUAUGGAAUGGUCAAGGCCCACACAACAAGGUGAGAUACCAUCUCCCAGGGCUGGUCAUACAGGUGUGACUGUUGGGGAGAACUGGUUUAUUGUCGGCGGUGGAGACAAUAAAAGCGGUGCAUCAGAAACUGUUGUCCUUAACAUGUCAACUCUUGUUUGGUCAGUUGUCACAUCAGUUGAAGGACGUGUUCCUCUUGCUAGUGAGGGCUUAAGUCUGGUUGUGGGCUCCAUUUCUGGUGAAGAUAUACUUGUAUCUUUUGGAGGGUAUAAUGGGCGUUACAACAAUGAGGUUAAUGUUCUCAAGCCAAGUCACAAGUCGACUUUGCAAUCAAAGAUAAUGGAAGCCCCUGUUCCUGAUAGUGUUUCUGCUGUGCAAAAUGCUACAAAUCCUACCAGAGAUUUGGAAUCUGACUUUGAAGUUGGUCAAGAAGGAAAAAUACGAGAAAUUGUUAUGGAUAACACCGACUCAGAGCACAUGAAAUCCAAAGGUGAGGAGACUAGUGAGCUCAUUAUAGCAACACUAAAGGCGGAGAAGGAAGAACUAGAAUCAUCACUCAACAAGGAGAAAUUGCAGUCUCUCCAGCUGAAGGAAGAACUAACCCAAGCUGAGACUCGAAACACGGAUCUGUACAAGGAGCUCCAAUCCAUACGUGGUCAACUUGCUGCCGAGCAGUCGAGAUGUUUCAAAUUAGAGGUUGAUGUUGCCGAGCUGCGACAGAAGCUUCAGACUAUGGAAACACUACAAAAGGAACUCGAACUCCUGCAACGACAAAAAGCUGCAUCCGAACAAGCUUCCUUGAAUGCAAAGCAAAGGCAAGGGUCAGGUGGUGUAUGGGGUUGGCUUGCAGGAAGCCCUCCACAAAACGCUGAUGAUGCCUGAAAAGCCGAAUUAAACAGUAAUUUCUACAUUUAUUCAAAUUGAUCAAAUUUUAGGUGAAAUACAUACAUUUUUCUAGUUAAUCAAAGUUCUUUCUAUGAUGGGAAUAAGAUAUCUAGUUUUGCCCAAAUGACCCAUUGGGGGUUUUUUUGCAUGAAUACAUGUCUCCAUAGAUUCUAGUUUCAGUUUUAUAUAUAGUUUUCACAUAUUGCUGUGGAUGCAAUACUUUUUCUUUUAGUCGAGGGUUGUAUCAGAAUUUGUAUUCAAAGUAUACGUUGGUUGAGUGAAUAUAGGUUUGCGGGCAAACUUUGCGAGGAUGGUUCUUUUGAUGUAAUAUUGAAUUUCAGGAAAAAAAAAACUAUGAUGGUUGGUAAUUGAUA